UGUAAAAAAUAUUUUUAAAAAAUGUCGGAAAUAUUACAAACGACUCAUGAAAAGAUGCGUAAAAAAACUUUAGAUGAUAAACAUAUUGCACAUGAAAAAUUGAAGAACGAUCCUGUAGAAAAGAAAAGUUCUCAAUUAACGUCACUUACUUUGCCUGCAAAGAUCUGUUCAUCAGGAUUUCAUGAUGAACAAACACAGCAAAUUAUCGAUAGUGACUGGGGAGGAUACGCCUUGGAUUUACGUUUGUGGGAGGACAGUAAAUCGUCUGUGGUACAGAUAAGACCGAGCGAAGUGUCAUUGGAUAACAAGGAAAGUUUUGGCUUUUUAUCUGACAGAUUGAUAGGCAUCGGCUCAUCCUUCCUGACGAGAUCACCUGAAAACGGUCUCUAUAUUCUUAGCAAGUGUGUCCUGAAAAAUAGGGGUCUUACGGAUAUUACCAUGUUGCGAUACCAUCGACACUUGCAAUAUAUUAAUAUCACUAAUAAUAAUAUAUCGUGUUUAUCGCCUUUGAGUGGCCUUCCAUACCUAAUGUAUUUAAACGCAUCGCACAAUAAAAUUGAACAUGUGUCAAAUUUUACACCUCCUUGGUACCUCACCUACGUAAAUUUAUCUUACAAUCAUGUAACAGAUAUCGGCGAUCUGAACGGCUGCUGGAGCAUCGUCAGAUUAAACUUAUCUCACAACGUUCUAGAAAGCAUUUCUGGGCUAGAAAAUUUAAAACAUUUACAGUAUUUAAACUUGUCCUACAACCUCAUCAAAUGUAUUGAAAACUUGGACGGUCUGAAUAUACGAGAAUUAAAUUUAGAAGGCAAUUGUAUAAAGUCAUUUAAAUCUGCCAUCCCCGGUCAUGGCAUAAAUACGUUGCCUAAUUUACGAACAAUUCUCCUGGGAUACAAUAGAUUGUCAACCCUGGGCUUUUUCAAAGUGAUCAUCGCGAAAGAACGGAUUACACGCCAAAGUAUUUCUAGAUCCUGUUUUAAUUAAAUAAUUUUCAGGAUGCAUACACCUUACGCUUCGUAGAUCUAAAGUUCAAUAG